GGAUCAUAAGUGCCUACCGGAAAAUAUGAACUGUGACCUGCUGCGCUGCUGAAUGUACGGGAAAUCAUUAAUUUUCUCCUUUUUUGCAUUACAUUUCUCUCGUGCAUUUUAAUAUAAAGAUGUUGAAAAAUCUAAUGACUUGGAAGGAAUUUGGACUCGGUCUUCUUAUAGGAGCAAGUGGAACGAUUGUCGUCACUCACUUAGUAAACAAUAUUUGGGCAAGUGAUGUGCAACGGCUCGCAGAAGCUACCAAGGAACUCCAACGGGAGUGCAGGGAGCUCCGGGCAGCUCUCCGAGCGUCCUCCGACGAGACGGAUGGUGAAGUUCGUAGACGAGGAGGACGACCAAGAACACCUGGAGACACUCGGCCUCGAAGUCGGGGUGGUGGUAUGAAGAGAGUUGGAUCAGAGAUAAUAUCAUUGCACCCUAGCACAAGUGAUGAAGAUGAAGAUCUUGACUUUGAAGAAGCUUACGAGGGAUUCACUACCCCCGAGUAUCCACUCCUUUACAAAGAUGCCCCUGAACAGAGGUUUCAGAGCAUAGCAACAUCUUCAGAGGAACUGAAAGAAUUCUUGGUGGAAAUUGACAAACUCUUUGAUGGUUCCCAAUCUGAUCACCAGGAAGCCCUUCGGAGAAUGCUAGCUAAAGAGUCUCAGUAUUCGUCAGAGUCAGAAUUCUUAUGGCGGUUAACAAGGGCUAAGGUCUUAGUCUCUGAGGUUUGUAGAAUUGAAGGUAAUGAUGAGGAGCGCAAGAGACUUGUUUUUGAAGGAAGGGAGCAUGCUAAGCGUGCAAUAGAUCUGAAUGAUGAGAGUUCGGAUAGUCAUAAAUACUAUGCAAUCACUCAGGGUAUUAUAACAGAUUGGGUGUCUUUCUCAGAAGCAGCUUCACUUGGCAAUGAGUACAAGCAACAUAUAGAGAGAGCAUUGGAGUUAAGACCGGAAGAGCCCUACCUCAAUCAUCUAUAUGGCAGGUUCCUUUUUAGUAUUGCCAAUUUAGGGUGGAUGCAACGAAAGGCUGCUGUUAUGAUGUAUGGUCUGUCUCAAAGUCUCAGUCUAGAUGACGCCCUCGCUUGGUUUGAAAAGGCAGAGGAACUUCAACCCAGUUUUUCCAAUCUCAAUCCAUUCUAUUCAGCAAAAUGUUACAUUGCCAAAGGACAAACUGACGUUGCAGUGGAAUUCUUGCGCAAGGCCAUUUCCGAUCCUGGCAAGAGUUUUGAGGAACACGAAGUACGACAAGAAGCGAAGGAACUUCUUCAGAAGUAUGAAUGAGAUCGGAUAGAGGUUCGAAGAAAGUACGACAAGAAGCACAGGAACUUCUGCAGGGAUAUGAAUGAGGUCAGAUAGAGGGUUAAAGGUCUACAAACCAUGCUGCUCAACUAGCACAAAACAAAGAUACAUCUUGGUUAUCAUGCAUGUUUACAAAUCCCACCCAUCCAUAGGCGUAAAUAUUUGAUGUUUGCUUGAAUUUAUGCCAGUGCUCCCAUCUAUUCAGAUGUAUGAAUGUGCUAUCCCAUUUGUCUAUCGUGUGAUUUGUCAUUGUAUGAUAUUACAUGAUAACUAGCUUAGAUAGAAUUAAGGUCCCUUCAUAGCAAAAUUAUGUAAAUUAAUAAGGUGGUUACAAAUCCAGUUUGUGUAAUAAACCAGUGUUUAUUUGUAUUCAAGUUAAAUGAGUAUUUAUAAUUCUGAAACAUAAUUACUAUGAAAUAUUGAUAUAAUUGUGUAUUAUUUUUCUAUUUCAGGGAUUGAUAACCAUUUUGUAAGUAUUUCUCUAGAGACUCUAAGAGGCUUUAAUGGCAACUUCUUAAAGAGGAGGGGGUUUUGGACCUUUUCAAUUCUCCUUCCAUAGGGGUAAUACAGAGACCCUUUUGCUUGUAUAGUUCUAAGAUGAUGGGAAAGUUUACCUGUGAUAAAGAAAAUAACAAAGAAAAUAGAAUAAUAAGCAAAUAAUCACUGUUGGUGAAGGUGAUGGGCAAACUAUCACUUACGAGGCAAGCUAGAUGGGGAAAGAUAGCUAUAUCCAUCUUUCUGAGGAAGUGAUAGUUUGCCUCUUAACUUGAAAUCAAGAGUUGAUCAUAUGCUUUAUAUUCCACAUGGAGAACCACUAUAAGAAGGAAGUUUGAUUUAAAAAAAUAAUUGAGUCGUAUGUAUACAUAUUUAUACCUUAGGCUAUAAAAGAAGGUAUUUAUUGGAACUGCAAUCAACUUGGGAAUCUACACUGACGUGAGCAUAUAUUGCAGUCAUAUGUAAACUUGUUCAUAGAGUCCUGCCUCACUUUAUGAAUAGGUGUAUGAAACACCCUCCUUGGAGGAUCUUAGUAGCAGGUUUUAUACAAAAUAUUCAAAUGAUUUCUUUUACUUGGAACUACUCUAUGAUACAUUAAAAUUGGUAUAAUAUUUUGGGGGGUUAUUUUCCUUUUCAUGAUUAAUUUGUCAUUUGUGUAUAUAUUGUUUAGUAAAUUGAGAAAUAUAAAUAAAUUUUUGAACUUAUCUGAACUGAAAAUGUUAUGAAAAAAUUUAUAAAAAUGAUAUCAUUGACAGAUUUUAAGUUGAACAGCUCUGUUAAUCAAUAUGAAUUAACUGUUGGGUAAAGAGCUUUUUAAUGACCGAUGCCAUGCUAACUAAUUAAAUUUUUACCAUUUAUCUAUGACUGCUGCUUUAUCACCUAAGCCAAAAUGAUUCAAUUCAAUUUUAUUGUUUAACCAUGAAAUACAAAAACAAUACAAACAAGUUGACAAACAUGAUAUUCGGAUACAUUGUCAUAUAUGCAUGUAUUGUCCAGUACUGAACAGAAAAAACUUGAAGCAAAAAAUCAACUUUUGUUGAUUCUUUUGUUAAUACAGUAAGUUUGUACUUUGUACAUCGUAAUUAGUGAGUAAAUAUUGAUGAAUAAUUUGCCAUAGAAUAUAAUUGGCACCUCAUAUGUUUUUUUUUUAUUGAUCUUAUACAAAGUACGCACUGUGAACUUCAUGAAAGGACUUGUCAGAUGUUUUUUCGACAAGUCCGGUCUCAUCCGACAGUUACUACAGUAACAUUGCUUCUCAGCCAAUCAAAAUCAAAGAAAGUUGUCAGAUCUGAUAACUUGUCAAAUGAAAAAUGUUGAUGAAAAGCUCCCAGGUAUGCAAUUUUUGUAAUACUAUUACCAGUAUUUUUUUUAUUUGAAAUACCUCUUGAAUGCUGCAAUGUAUGCUUUAGCAUCAGAUGUAAUUGCCUUUGAGACAGCAAUCCUUUGAAUUUGAAUUUUCAUUUGUGUUUCAUAUGUAAUAUUGCAGAGUAAUGUUUAGGUGUAACAUUCAACGAACAAACUUGUGUAAUAAUCUUGCCACUGCUCACUUACAUACCAUGAACUUGUAGAAUGUAACAUCAGGAAUUCUUUAAAAGUUAUAUUCUUGAAAAUGUAUAAGAGAGAGAAGAGGUAUUCAUGUAUAUGUAAAAUUUCUCUUUUUCAUGAAGUUUCACAUUACCCUCAAUUGGGUAGCAAGAUAUUAAUAUUUCAUUUUUCUAAUUCUGAAUUCAAUGUUUAUACAUUUGUUUUUAUACAUAUGUAUACAUUUAUAUAAAUAUACAGCUGUGAAGAAAACAAUUUUCAACACAUUUUUAAGAAAUGGUGCCCAGAAAAUAGAGAAGCAAGAUGGAUGUUUAUUGCUCGAAAGUUUCAUUGAGUUUUGGUUCACUGAAAUAAUGAUGCUUUAGAGAAAUUUAAUGAUUGAACAAGUUCAAUACAUGUAGUCAGAUAUUUCAUUGAGCAUAUUAAAGCAUUUUUCACUUAAUGU